UGAUGUAUUAAUUGUAAGGUUAGCUAGUAGUUUUUCACUCACCACGUUGUGUUAUAUUUUUGACCAAAAAUCAAUAAACCUUUUAUUUGGAGGAUGUUUUAAUCUAGUGACAACCUAAAACCGUGACGGGUUCUUAACAGAUGUCACUCCAUCUUUUCCUAGGUCUUCCAAGGCUUCUUUGUCCUGCUGUUGAUUUGUCCCUUGAUAUUUUCACAAUUCGUUCUUCCAAUCAUUGAUUUGAAAUAAUAAAUUCACAUUAUAUUCUCUUUAUACAUGGAAAAUGAGAUAAGUAAUUAUUUUUAUGUUGUAUAAUAAUUGCUAAAAUCUGAUCUCCGUAAUUUGUACGGACUGUCAAUACUACAAAUUAAUUUUGGAUCACCCCGUAUUAUAAAUUUUAACUAGUUCUAUCAAUAGUAAAUAUUGAAUGUGCCCCUUCGUCACCUUGCGUCCUAGAUGCAUCUCUAGUAUACCUUAACGAUAAUUCGCCUCUAAUAUAAUAUGCAUAUUAAGUACAGUGUGCUACUAAAAACAUGCGUCCUUACCUUGAAAUUACGCUACAGUUGCACAUUACUCGUAUAUGUAGUUCAAUAACAUUCAACAAAAUGUAGUCUGUUACAGAAAUAAUUACUCAUAUUCCUAAAAAAAGGGUUAAAGAGCAAAUUUAAAAAUUAAGGAUGAAGCAAGAAUUAAUUUGUGUUUCCAGUAUUAAUUACAUGUCAUUUGGUUAGCAGUGAUCCUGACAAGACAAUAGAAGAGCAAAUUGAAUUUAAGCUAAUAGUUUCUUACCAUAAUAGACUUAUUUUUACAUUAUUAUGUAAUUUAUUAGUUAUUUUUAAUUGAUCAAAUUAAAGCCAAAACAGUUUAAUUGUAAGUUCAGUUUUCUUUGAUUUCUUUGUCAUAAGAAUUAAUAUAAUAAGGUUUAUUUAAAGAAAUAUAAACUAUUAAACAUUUCUACUACGGACCUGCACGAUUUUUCCCAACGCACUCCCACAGCUACCGUGACUAUGCGACGCAUGUUAAGGGUUGUUUUAUUUUAUUUGGUAAUUGCGCUUGCGCAUCCGCAAGACGCGCCCUAUAGAUUACAGCCCAGUCGAGGCCAGACCGAGAGCACCUGUUACAUUUGCCAUUUACACGCCAGGGAGGACGGUACGACCGAAGGCAGAAUAAAUCGUAAUCAAGUGGCAUAAAAUUAUCAGUUAUUCGCGUGUGAAAUAAAAUUUAACAUGUCUGAGCAAGAAGCAUCUACUAACGCUACCAUUGAAGAACCAAAAACUGAAAAAAAGGAAAACGCCUCUGAAGAAGCGAAAGAUGUGAAAGAAAAUGGAAACGGGGAAGUCGAACCUGUUGCCGAGAAUGAAAAAGAAGCCCCGAAAGAAAUGAGAGCUGUUGUUUUAACUGGAUUUGGUGGCUUGAAAUCUGUCAAGAUUCUGAAGAAACCAGAGCCAACUGUAAACGAAGGCGAAGUUUUAAUCAGAGUCAAAGCAUGUGGGUUGAAUUUCCAAGACUUGAUGGUUCGCCAAGGAGCCAUCGAUUCUCCUCCAAAAUGUCCAUUUAUCUUAGGUUUUGAAUGCGCUGGUGAGAUCGAACAAGUAGGGGAAGGAGUGGAAAACUUAGUGGUUGGAGACAACGUUGUAGCUUUACCAGAAUAUAGAGCCUGGGCCGAAUUAGUAUCGGUACCAGCAAAAUAUGUGUACAAAUUACCUAAUGGUGUGUCCUAUUUGGACGCUGUUACCAUCACAAUGAAUUAUACAGUGGCCUAUAUUUUACUCUUUGAGCUUUCUGGUUUAACUCAGGGGAAAUCCAUACUGGUGCACUCAGUAGGAGGGGGAGUGGGUCAAGCCAUUGUCCAACUAGCAAAGACCAUUCCAGAUGUAACAAUUUUCGGAGUAUGCUCCAAAGGUAAACAUGAAGCGUUGAAAGCCGCCGAAUCACCCAUCGAUCAUCUAUUAGAAAGAGGAUCCGAUUAUACCAGUGAAGUCAGGAAAAUAUCUCCCGAAGGCGUAGAUAUUGUUUUAGAUUGUUUAUGUGGAGAAGAAUGCAACAAGGGUUACAAUUUGCUCAAGCCUAUGGGUAGAUACAUUCUCUAUGGUUCAUCCAACGUUGUCACGGGUGAGACCAAAAGCUUCUUUAGCGCUGCUAGAUCGUGGUGGCAAGUCGACAAAAUCUCUCCAUUGAAACUGUUUGAUGAGAAUCGUACUCUAUCUGGUUUCAAUUUAAGACGUUUAAUGUAUAAUCAACAUGGACAUGAGCAUGUACAUCAGACUGUACAAAAAGUUUUCGAAUUGUUUAAGGAUAAAAAGAUCAAGCCCCUAUUAGAUUCAACCUGGGCAUUAGAAGACGUUGCUGAGGCUAUGCAGAAAAUGCACGAUCGUAAAAACGUAGGAAAAGUCAUCCUGGAUCCAAGUAUGGAACCAAAACCGAAACCAGCAACUCCUGCAAAAGGAAAAAGUAAAGAGGACAAAAAGAAACAGUCCUCUGAAGAAAAGAAGGAACCAGAGGAGAAGAAAGAAGAACCAGCCAAGGAAGAGAAAAAAGAAGACAAGAAGGAGGAACCUGUUACUAACGUUGAUUCAGAAGGGAAUUCUGCAGAAUCCAAGAAGGAGCCUUCAAGUUGAAUUGCUACUUAUAUACAGAAGCUAUCUUCAAAAAUUAAAUAUAUGCUUACAUUUUUGAAAAUUUUUAUCCAUAGUUUAUAAUUUUUUUAUUAUGAGAAUAUUGAAUGCGACGGACAAACAAAAGAUCUCAAAUAUGUUACAAUAACGAUUUUAAACUGUACUUUUAAGGAAAAACUGUGUUAUUUUUAUCUUAAGUAUCAUGUCUAAGACCAAUAAUGACUAUAUCAAUUAUUUUUAUAAUUGUUUUCACAUAAAAAUGGUGCUCAUUUUUCCAGUAGAUUUGAGAAAUCUUUUUGAUCCAGCUUUUAAAGACACAUAUCUGUGUACCAAGACCAAAAAAAUAUGUAGCAUUUUUGUAACAAAUUAUUUUUCCAAUCUAAUUCACUUUUUAUCAUAGUUCUAGAAAAGGACAAGUGAAAUGUAAAAAAAGUAGUGUUGUCCGGUAUUUUUGCUAUUCAAGCUGUUGAACGUUUUCUAUGCAUAUCAAAACGCAAGAAAUUAUUCACAUUUUCACUCAUUUUGUAUCAAUUAAUUUGUAAAUUGUAAUAGUAGAGCAGUUGCUUAUGAGAUUAUUUUUAAUUAAUUGUCCAAAUGUAUUUUUAUAUAUAAUUGUGUUUUAUUUUUAAAAUGUUUUUAUAUUAUGUUAAGUCUUUGGAAACAUUCAAAUUAGAUUGAUUCUAACUUGAAUAAUUGCCAAUUUAAUAAACAUACCAUUUAAAAGUGUGUUAAUAUGCUAAAAAAUGCUUAAAUAUUUAUGUAAAUGUAAGACUGAUGUGUUAUUGCUAAAGCUAUUAUUUAGAUGGCCGUAAAAUAAAAAUGUAUAAAUGC